AUCUUUUUAAUCAUAUUAAAUAAAGAAAAUAUAUUUAUCAUAUCUGCGGUCUAUAACAAUCAUUAAUAUAUUGAUGCAAACUUAAUAAAUAAUAAAUAUACACAAGAUACGAAAUAUAUCGAUAUAAUAAGGAAUAUCGGCAAUUUGUUUGAUAAUACAAAUUAUAUCACAAAAAUGUCGAUGUUACGUGCUGUCUUAUUUAAAUGUCAUAAUAAUUCUUUGAUAAUUUCAAGAUAUCCGCUACAGAAAUAUUUUUUACAAGGAAAAAGCCAAAACAUAUGGGGAAUAGCAAAACGUGAAUUCACUAAAAGUACUCAAAAGUGUACCCAAGAAAAUGUGAAUGGAUCAAAGUUUGCCUCAUAUAUUUUUAAAUUUGGUCUUGGUGGACUUGGAGUAACAACUGCUUGUAUUUUGAGAUCACAUAAUCAUGUCGUGCUCUGUAGAGAAGCUAAAAGAAUUAGUGAUGUGACAUCUGAUGAAACUCCUGAACUAAUUUUUGAAUGGUCAAAAUUGUUUAAAUAUUUAUAUCCACAUAUUUGGUAUCUAUUGCUAGCAUUAUCAAGUGCAUUAAUAGUCGCACUGUUAAAUAUUCAAAUACCUCAGUGUGUUGGAAGUGUCAUAAACGUGCUCACGGAAAUAUGUAAGAACAAAAGCGAUUCUACAAAGCAAAUUAUCUUGCAACUGACUCAACCAGCUUUUAUUUUGGCUCGCAUGUAUAUCACGCAAGCAUUUUUCACCUUUGUAUAUAUUUAUACACUUUCUCAUGUGGGUGAGAGAGUUGCAGUGAGUUUACGUCAAGAUUUGUUCAAAUCAAUUAUCAUGCAAGACAUAGAAUUUUUUGACAAAACACGUUCUGGUGAAAUAGUAAAUCGAUUGACUAGUGAUAUUCAAGACUUUAAGAGCUCAUUUAAGACUUGUAUUUCUCAAGGCUUGAGAAGCUUUACACAAAUUAUUGGCUGUGUCAUCUCUGUAAUAGUGAUAUCACCACAAUUAACUACUCUUGUAGUAUUUAGUUUACCUACAUUAAUUUUUAUUGGUACUCUCUUGGGAAAAAGUUUACGCAAGUUAUCUAUGGAGGCUCUAAAUCAAAUCGCAAAAUCGACUGCUGUUUGCGAAGAAGCUAUACAAAAUAUUCGAACGGUAAGAGCUUUUGCUGCGGAAGAGAAAGAGGCAGAAAGGUUUUACAAAGAAGUUGAACGUUCAUCUGAGCUUUACGAAAGAUUAGGUUUUGGUAUAGGCUUCUUUCAAGCAGGCACAAAUUUAUUACUUAAUGGUAUUUUACUUUCUACGUUAUAUUUUGGCGGGCAGUUGCUUUCUACAGGAGAAUUGUCUCCAGGAGGUUUAAUGGCAUUUUUAAUGGCUACACAGACUAUACAGAAGUCUCUAGGUCAAUUGUCUGUGCUUUUUGGAACUUUUGUUAGGGGACAAAGCGCAGGUGCCAGAGUUUUCCAGUUUCUAGAUAUGCCACCUUCACCAAUGAUGACCAGCGGUGAUAUAAUCACGGAUAAGUCUCUGGCGGGAAAUAUAGUUUUCAAAAAUGUAAAAUUUAGCUACCCCACUAGACCGGAUCACAGUUUAAAAAAUUUCAAUUUACACAUUCCCUCUGGUAAAACUGUGGCUAUUGUUGGUGCCAGUGGAAAUGGUAAAUCAACUGUGGCUGCAUUAUUAGAAAGAUUUUACGAUGUUGAUGAGGGCUCUAUUACUAUUGAUGGUCGCGAUAUUAGAUCUCUCAAUUCGAGUUAUCUCAGAGGUAGCGUUUUUGGCUAUAUAAAUCAAGAACCUACUUUAUUUGCUACCAGUAUCAUAGAAAACAUUAGAUAUGGGAGACAAGAUGCAACGGACGAAGAGGUCAUUGAGGCAGCUAAAGAAGCAAAUGCACAUGAAUUUAUAACAAAGUUUCCAGACGGUUACGCGACCGAGGUCGGCGAAAGAGGCACACAGCUCUCUGGUGGACAAAAGCAACGAGUUGCGAUUGCCAGGGCUUUGCUAAAACAACCAUCUGUUUUAAUUCUAGAUGAAGCUACAAGUGCAUUAGAUUAUGAAAGCGAGAGAGUCGUUCAAAAGGCGAUUGAAAAUGCUACGAGAGGUAGAACGGUACUUGUAAUCGCUCAUAGAUUAAGUACUAUUAAAGGUGCUGACGUAAUCGUUGUAUUACAACGCGGUAUCAUAGUGGAGAUGGGCACGCAUUCGGAAUUGAUUAAACGAAAAGGCGUUUAUCAUACACUCGUAAACGAACAAGAAAAGGAAAAUAUAUGAUAAUAAUAUGUAUUUAAAAAAUAUGUGUACUAUAUUUAUACAAACAAUUAAUAUUAACGGUGAUAGUUCAUUAUUUAUUCUCAUUUUCCGUUUCGUAGAAUAAUUUUUCCUUUGUAUCUUACAUAAAGUAUGUAAGUGAACUUGUACAUAUAGAUUGUAUGUCAAUGUAUGUAUUACGCUACCUCAGAAACGGGAAACAAAUUUCGAAUUAUAAUAAAUUAUUAUUUUCUCUAGAUA